ACAAGAUAUCUCGAGGAAAGCAUUAUUUUGUCGGAUUUUUCAUUGGAUGAUCGUCCAGUUAAAGCAAUAUAAUUUCACUGAAGCUCUUUGAUUUAAGUGCGUUUCAACCUCAUGUUCUUCAUAAUUAUCAAGGUAUUGCCUAUGAUGCACACAUCCCUUAUACAUACUACCGUUACAAAGUUAUGCAAGUCCCUUUCUUGUCACCUUCGACGCCAGUUUCUGUCGUUAUUACCAUCUCCUGAGUAUCGACCUUUCAGAAUGACAAUGAACAAAUUAUCCAUUCCCUUCACUGUUCGCUUCUUUACUAUACUUCCUAAACUCAACAUUCAAACUGUCAUUACAGCUAUAGAGCAAGAUAUUAUAUAUUUGCGCAGGAAUCGCACUCAACUUAUUCCAUCAUUCCUUGAAUCGAAAUCUCGUAGCUAGUCUCUACUAUUUACCAGAAACCGCACAGAAAAAUUCCCUUCGCAUUCUACUCAGGACCUCAAAGCGAAAAUCGACUAGAUUAGUUAAACCGCAUGUUCAGCCAUUAGGAAAAUCCAAUAACACAGGAUCUAU